AUGAGCGCGGCGGAGAUCGCGCAGGCGCUGAGCGACAAGCGGGUUCAGCCACGGGGCGAGCGAGUGCUGGUCAAGCUCGAUGAGCCCGAGCAGAAGUCAGCGGGGGGCGUGCUGCUGCCCACGCAGGCCGUCAAGUACGAGCGAUACCUCACCGGGCAGGUGGUAUCAGCGGGAGAGGAGGUGAAGAAGGCAUCAGCGGGGCAGAAGAUCAUGUUUCCGGACAUGAACGCCUACGAGGUGGCAAUUGGGGAUGGUUCCGACAGGUUCUGCUUUGUGAGGGAGGGAGACAUCAUGGCUCAGGCAAGUUACACUGCGCGCACGAUAUCAACGGCGCGCAAGUCACACUGCGCGCACCGCGUCACGUUAUCAACGGCGGCUAUCGUUCCGCUCAACGAGUGCCCCGCGCUUGCCCCGCGAAGCGCCAUGGCGCGUGGCGUCGCGCUGUGGCUGCUGCUGCUCGCCAUGGCCGCGCGCGCAGCGGCCACAGCGGUGCGCUUCCACGUGGAGCAGCACGCCAAGUGCGUCGGCCACGACCUGCGGCGAGACACCCUCGUGGCCGCCUCCUACGCCGCAGUGCCCGCCAGCCACGCGCACCCCUUCUCCCUCGACAUCUCCGUGACCUCCCCGGGCGGCGUGCACGUGUAUCUGAAGGAGGGGGUGGGCGAGGGGCACGUGGGGUUCACGGCGGAGGAGAGCGGCGAGUACCACCUCUGCUUCUGGCUGCACGCCACCCACGUGGGGCGCCCUGACGACGCGCGGCACCAGGUGGAGGUGGCGUGGCGUGAGGGGCAGGCGGCGUCGCACAUGCAGCAGGCCGCCACCAAAGAGAGGGUGGAGAGCUUCGAGUGGGAGGUGAAGCGGCUGGAGGGGCUGGUGGAGGCGGCGUCGAACGAAAUGAUCUUCUUCCAAGAGAGGGAGGAGGAGCUACGAGGCAUGUCCCACGCCACGCAGGCACGAGUCGGGUGGCUCAGCGCCUUCUCCCUCCUCACGUGCGCUCUUCUGGCCGCUCUGCAGUUCUGGCAUCUCAAGACCUUCUUUGAGCGGACAAAGGUCCUCUGA